AUGGCCUUCCGUCAAGCAACCAAUUUGGUCUCCAGAGGCAAGUACACGUCAUGGAGACCAUCUCUUGUCAAGAGUGCAUUGUCUGCUCACAUCCCUGCUAUUGCCAGCACCCCAUUUAUGGCUCGCUCAAUGUCUGCCACACGACCAGACCCUAAAGAAACUGCAUCCGCCAUCAUCAGCAUAGUCCCUGGAGAGAGCAUGGUCGCUAAAACUGGAACAGUCCUCCUAUCUGCCGCUGUUGCUGCCUACAUGGUGUCAAAGGAAGUCUACAUUGUAGACGCGGAAUUCUACGAAAUGCUGACCAUAUUCGGUGCUUACUACAUCUGGUACUUGGGUGGUCGUGACGGCGCCAUAGAAUACUUUAAUGAACGAAAGGCUACUAUGAAGAAGGUUCUUGAGACUGCUCGACACGACCACAAGGCUGUCGUCAAGGAACGUAUUGACCACAUAUCUAAACUAUCCGAUGUCGUCGAUGUCACAAAGGGAUUGUAUGACAUGUCCAAGGACAUUGCUCGUUUGGAAGCUGAGACUUAUGAGCUCAAGCAAAAAGUUGCUUUCUCCUCGGAAGUCAAGGGAAUGUUGGACUCUUGGGUACGAUACGAAGCCAGUGUUCGUGAAGCUCAACAACGAAGAUUGGUUGAAGCAGUCAUCUCCAAAAUUGAAGCUGGUUUAGAAGACCCAAAAGUGCAACAAAGCAUUCUCAACCAAUGCGUGAGCGAUGUCGAGAGUUUGGCCAAAUCCGCUCGAGCAUAA